CUGAUCCAGGUGGCUCCUCUGAUUUAACCCUGAGUGUCAGUCUGAGCUUCACACACGCCUGAGAGGAUACCGACACUGAGCAGCUCCGGGGCGACACAGUGAACUGAGCAGGAUGGACGGUGUCCCUAUGAAGAUGCCACAAGGUGCCCCACAGGAAGUUAAAGCUGUUGAAGUGACUGUCCCAGAUUAUCUAACCAUACUGCAGGAAACAGAGUACGAGUUCAGUCUGGAGAAGUGGGCGCUGACCGGGCUGCAGAGCGGCUUCACCAGCCAGCAGUGUCCUCAGCUCUCCUCCUCCUCAUCGGGCCUGCAGCCAUCCUGCCCGCCGUACUGGAUGAUGCUCAGCAGCCCGCAGCAGAGCCGCCUGGCCAGCCGCCACUGCUCCGACUUCUGGGAGCCCAAUCCUCGACAGCGCUCCUACAGCCUCAACCCCUCCGUCCUGCGCGCUAAGUUGGCCGUCUCAGACUCUGAGGAUGAUGUAGAGAGCGCCGCACAGAAAGCCAAGAAGUCGGCGAAAGCCGCCUCUGGUGGAGAGCGUCCUGCUGCUCCGUGUCAGCGAGGUCAGAGGUCAGCACAGAGAGCCUUCGUCCCUGACCUCCUGAACCCUCCGGCCUGCCUCAGCAGCCUGCCGCACCAGCGCAGGAAGAACCUGCGACAGUGCUCGCUGUCGGUGCUCGACACGCCCAAGGAACACAAACCCAACACAGAGAGCCAAUCCAAGGGCCCGACAUCACACAGGGCCCCUGCAACCAGGGCCAACACAGUGGACCGGCUCCCCAGCAUCAACAACCACAACACAACGCACAUGAAAUCUCUGAGCCCAGACUCCUGCAGAAACCCAUCUGUGACCUCAGCCCCCACGGGUCUCCCCUCCUCCGGUUCGGACUCGUCAGCAGAGCUGCUGUCAGCUCUGAGCCCGGAGGAGAGGGAGCUGCUGGCGGCCAUCACUGCCCGGGGUUACACCUUCCGCACCGCCAUCAUCGCCCUGCAGAAGACAGGCCGGCAGACCCCAGAUCAGAUCUUGAGUUACUUGGUGGCGUGUGACCAUCUGUGUCAGCUGGGUUAUGACAUGGUGCUGGUAGAAGAGGCUCUGGAGAUGUUUCAGAACUGUGAGACAAAGGCGGAGGAGUUCCUUCAUCUGCUCAGUCAGUUCAAUGAGAUGGGCUUCCAGCAGAACGCCAUCAAAGAAGUGCUGCUGGUCCACGAAAACCACCGAGAGCGGGCGCUGGAGGAGCUGAUGAUGCGUGUGGCGUGAUCAACACACGCACACACACACACACACACACACAUACACACACACACACAUUCAGCUGCAACCUUAAAUCUGUUACUGCAAGAAAAUAUGAAACCCAUCUCCACCUCAAUGCAUUACUGUAGCUGCAGAUGGACGUGGCCUUCACAGAGGAAAAGUAUAUUGUUGAUGUAUUGCUUUUUACGGAUGAUGAUGUACCCAUGUUGCACAUAUUGCCGCCAUGAUGUUGUCAAGGCUAGAAAAAAACAAAAAAAAGCAGAGGGCAGAGUCUCUGCAGACAUCCACUUCCAGCGGGUCAUCAGUGAUGAUUGAGAGGGAUGACUUUUAUUGUC